GUCGAGCCGGCUCUCCCUCCACUCUCCCGAAAUCUCCGUUCACACCACGCCGUUGCCGCCGUCGCCAUGGCCACAGCGUCUGCAGUGCCCUCAGGCUCGAGCCUCCUCGGCCGAGCGGGUGGUGCCUACAUCCCGCCGGCCAAGCUCCGCGCCAUGCAGGCCGCCAUCACCGACAAGUCAAGCGCAGAGUACCAGAGGAUGAGCUGGGAGGCCCUGAAGAAGAGCAUCAACGGCCUGAUCAACAAAGUCAACACCUCCAACAUCAAAAACAUCGUCCCGGAGCUGUUCUCGGAAAACCUGAUUCGCGGACGUGGCCUGCUGUGUCGGAGCAUCAUGAAGGCCCAGUCCGUGUCGCUCCCCUACACCCCUGUUCUAGCUGCCCUCAUCGCCGUCAUCAACACCAAGCUCCCCCAGAUCGGCGAGCUUCUCCUCGUGCGGCUGAUAGCCCAGUUCCGCAGGGCUUACAAGCGCAACGACAAGACUAUCUGCAUCGCCAGCACAAAGUUCCUCGGUCACCUCGUCAACCAAAAGGUCGUCCAGGAAAUCCUCGCCCUCCAGAUCCUGAUGCUGCUGCUCGAGCACCCCACCGACGACUCGGUCGAGGUCGCCGUCGGCUUCAUGAAGGAGGUCGGCGCCUUCCUCACCGAGGUCUCUCCGCGUGGCACCAAUGCCGUCUUUGAGCGCUUCCGCGGCAUCCUCCACGAGGGCCAGAUCGACAAGCGAACCCAGUACAUGGUCGAAGUGCUCUUCCAGAUCCGAAAGGACAAGUUCAAGGAUAAUGCCGCUGUCGAGGAGGACCUCGACCUGGUCGAUGAACAGGACCAGAUCACACACUACAAGCUGCUCGACGACGAAGCCAGCAUCGAAGAUGGGCUCAAUGUCUUCAAGUUCGACCCCAAUUACCUCGAGAACGAGGCUAGAUACCAGCAAAUCAAGCGUGAGAUCCUCGGCGACGAUGACGAGGACGAUGAUGAAGAUGAAGAUGGCGACGAUGAGAGCAGCGACGGCGACGAGAGCGACGACGCCGAAGCUGGUGACGAAAGGGCACCCUCGACCGAGCAGCUUCAGCAGCAAAUGCAGAUCCACGACCAGACCAACACCAAUCUCAUCAAUCUCCGUCGCGCCAUCUACCUCACAAUCAUGUCCAGCUUGAACUUUGAAGAAUGUGCCCACAAGAUCCUCAAGCUGAAGAUCCAGCCUGGCCAGGAGUCCGAGGUCUGCGACAUGAUCAUCGAGUGCUGCUCCCAGGAGCGCACCUACAUCAGCUUUUAUGGUCUUUUGGGCGAGCGUUUCGCCAAGAUCGACAGAGUCUGGGCCGACAAUUUUGCCCAGUGCUUCGAACGCACCUAUCAAACCAUCCACCGCUACGAGACCAACCGUCUGCGCAACAUUUCAAAGUACUUUGCCCACCUUCUGGCCUCCGAUGCCCUCACCUGGGAGGUCUUUGCGCUGAUCCGCAUCACCGAGCAAGACACCACCUCGAGCUCCCGUAUCUUUAUCAAGAUCCUGCUGCAGGAACUCAACGAAUCGAUGGGCCUGCCGAAGCUGAAGCAGCGCCUCGAGGACCCGUAUAUGGUCAUUACCGUCAACUCCGAGCACGGCUCCGUCACCCGCGGUGCCUUUGACGGCCUCUUCCCCAAGGACAAUCCGCGAAAUACGCGCUUUGCCAUCAACUACUUCACUAGCAUCAACCUCGGCGGUCUGACCGAAGACCUGCGUGAGCACCUCAAAAACGCACCAAAGCUGAUCAUGGCUCAGCAGCAGCAAGUCGAGAGUUCCGACUCGUCGUCUUCGGAUUCAGACUCGGAUUCAGGCUCAGACUCGGAUUCAGGCUCGGACUCGGAUUCAGGCUCGGACUCGGAAUCAGACUCGGAAUCGGAAUCGGGCUCAGAUUCAUCCAGCUCCAGUGCGUCCUCUCGAAACGAUCGCCGCAGCCGUCCCAAGUCUGCUCCAAGAAAACAGCGAUCACCCAGCCCACCGCCGCGCGAGAGUGCUCGUCGCCGCAGCCCCGAUGCUGCCCCCGCUCCGAGAGCCCCGGAGCGAGUCCCGGAGCGUGCCGCACGAUCCCCACGCAGCGACCGUAGCCCGGCUGCCCGCUCAGGCGGACCUCGUGGCGAUCGACGACCUCCUGUGCGCGACUUGGAUCGACCAAGCGACCGGAGAGGCUCGCCACGACGAUUCCAAAACCGCUCACCUCCAGUGCGCCGAGGCUCGCCCGCGCGGGACCCUGCUCGGAGGCGCUACGAUAGCCCUCCUCGCCGGCAGCGCCGUGACUCGCGCUCGCCCGAUUCGCGUCGCCGUCGCCGAUCUCCCGGCGGCGAUUCAAACGAUGACCGGCAGCUGCGCAAGAGGCCACGAGAAGACGAACACCGGUCCCGCAGCCGCUCUCGGGACGAGCGUGGUCCCCAAAGGCGACCUCGAUACCGCUCGCUCUCCCGGUCGAGCUCUGCCUCUGCUUCUGGAUCUGGCUCUGGAUCGUCCGGCUCGGGUUCCCGUUCGCGCUCCAGAUCAAGCUCGGGCGGCUCUUCUCGCUCGCGGUCCCAGGACCGAAGCCGCCCGGGUAAUCGCCGCCCACGCAGUCCGUCUGGCUCUCCGAGACGACGAAGACGCAGCUACUCCCGCUCGCCCUGAGUCGCUAGUAUGCAUCCCUCUUGCACCCUUUCGCCACUGGGGCUGUGUACCUCCAGCACUGUGCCUCUGAGCGAUUCACAUGCCCUUGCGGCUGACUCGCACUCCCUCCCCCCU